GUUCUUACCAUCACGGGGUUGCCCAUUGACUUUGACCCCUAUGUGCAUGGUCAGUUUGAUGGCACUCAAUUUUCUUUGAGAAUGGAUAUGGCUGGUCGAGGGCAUCACAGCAGAUCCUACCCAUCCUGGCGCGAAUAUUACUGCACCCGGCGUGACCAUACAGGAGGUAUCGCAUUCCUGGAAUUCUGGCUUUGCAAAUUUAUCUUUUGCACUUCUUCCAACAAACCUACUGGACCUUGGAAUUCUCUGGCCACUGCUCUCUACAAUGGUAUUUGCGUUGGCCUUGGGCAACCUGUAUUGGGUGCGUUAUAUCGCUCCCUUUAUAGAGCCGUAAUGCGCCCAUUUGAUACCGAAAUUAGUGGCCCCUUCUGGAUCCUUGCCUUUUGGCUGCAGAUUUAUUUCCCUCUCUUCCGUCGCGGUGAUAUUCCAAAGGAACCUCCAGUUGAUUCCCUUUUGGGGAACUGGCUUUGCCGCAACGUAAGGUAUCGAGCUCCACCCUACUCCGAGUGUUUUAUUUACUUGUACUUGCUGGGAGAGAUGCCGGACCCAAAAAUAGUCCUUUCUAGGCGAUUCCCUCCUCCCCUUGAUGAUGGCUUUCUGCCCAGUGGACGGGAUCAUAGCGAAAGAGCCUUCCUGGCCUUUCGUCGCGCCAUCUCCUGCUUGGAUAUUCGUCUUGCCACUGAACGCGUAAGUUAUGAGCUCUAUGCCCCUAACCAUUUUGCUCGCCAAUUUGGGUUGGCCCAGUUGGUACCCUGGCCUCUGGUUGAUUCUGCCAAUUACUACACCUCUUGGCGGAGAUUAGCCCCACCUGGGUCUGCCCCUUUUCAGAGUCAGUUUACUUUGAUAGUGAUUCCCCCUUGGGUCAGAGCGCUGUACCCCCUCAACGAUGUCGACGAUGAUUAUGCUGAUUGGUGGAAAGAAGUGUCCGUGAACUGUUGGGACCUGCCACAUGACGAACUCUUCGUCCUGAUCUUUCGUGGCAUGAGUAGUCCUGGUCCGGAGGACCGCAAGAUUCUUGAGCGCUUCUCCAACCCUGCAGCACAACCCCCGCGACCUAUUCUACCUUCUCGCUCAUCGCGUCCAGGGAUACAAAUCCACGAGCCUAGGGCAACAGUAAGUUUUUGUCUUUCUUCACCAUUCUUUUUCCUUGUGUUGAUUUUCCCGCUCUUAUUCCUGAGUGUGUUUUGCAGCAAACUACCUGGAGCAGGAUAGCCUCUGUUCAGGCGGGGAAACAAAAGGCAAUAGCAGAGGAGACUUCUGAGGGAGAGUCUUCGCAUGAUGAAGAUCCCGCUGAGGCCACUGCUGUCUUUGCUUGCAAACGCGAUCGAGCUCAAUUCGUCGAAGAGAGUUUUGAAGAUGACGAACCUCUGGGAAUGCGAUUGGUCCGUCAAAGGACCACUAAUCCCUCUCGCCUGAGCGAGGCUGGACCCUCAGCCACUGCAGAAAAGCCAACUCUCUCGCUAGUUCAAGCAUCAACUAACCCCGUG